AGCAGCCGUUCCCCCUUGCUGCCCAGGUCGGGGGCUGAGGUCCCAGAGCCCCCCUUUCCCCGCCAGGGGUGCGUUUGACAGACAGACCUCCCUCCUCCCUCCCUGCUCCGCACGCAGCCAUCCUCCACUCGAGGCAAACCUUUCCUCCAGCCUCGCUCCUGCCGUUCCCCAGCUCCCCCCGGUAGCAGAGGGACACCCUCCGUGCCGGCCGUCGCUUCCCCUCUCCCCCUCGGCCCUCCCCAGCGCCAGAGAGAGCGAGACGAAAAGUGUCGGAGCGGGGAGCGCAUAGCAACAGGGUCUGGCAUGAAGCAGGUUCGGCAGCAGCAUCUCCGGAAGCCGGUGACACCAGAUCUCCUGGUAAGCCCCAGCAGCCAGGAUGGGGACCUGGGCUCCGAGUGCCCAGAAGACAGAGGGAACUGGACGGGGCGGCUGGAUUUCCUCCUCUCCUGCAUCGGAUACUGCGUUGGCCUUGGAAACGUCUGGAGGUUCCCUUACAGGGCUUACACCAAUGGAGGAGGAGCUUUCUUGGUUCCUUACUUCAUCAUGCUGGCCAUCUGUGGGAUCCCCAUCUUCUUCAUGGAACUGUCACUUGGCCAGUUCUCCAGCCUGGGGCCACUUGCAGUCUGGAAGAUAAGCCCUCUCUUUAAAGGCAUUGGCAUGGGCACGAUCCUCAUCGUCUCCUUGGUGGCCAUUUACUACAAUAUGAUCAUUGCUUAUGUUCUCUUCUACCUCUUUGCAUCCCUCACAAGUGACUUGCCCUGGCAGCACUGUGGCAACUGGUGGAACACCGACCUGUGCCUGGACCACCACGUCAUCAAGGGGGGGAACACCACCUUCCCUGUCAACAUCACCAACACUGUCAGCCCCAGCGAGGAGUAUUGGAGUCGGUAUGUCCUGCACAUCCAAGGGAGCUCAGGGAUCGGGGAUCCCGGGAGGAUCCGCUGGAACCUGUGUCUGUGCCUGCUCCUUUCUUGGACUAUCGUCUAUCUGUGCAUCCUUAAGGGAGUCAAAUCCUCUGGCAAGGUCGUGUACUUUACUGCCACCUUCCCGUACCUCAUCCUGGUGAUGCUGCUCAUUCGUGGUGUGACCCUGGAGGGGGCCUGGAAGGGGAUACGGUUUUACCUCACGCCCCAGUUUGAUCACUUGCUGUCUUCCAAGGUGUGGAUCGAGGCAGCCCUGCAGAUUUUCUACUCCCUUGGGGUGGGCUUUGGGGGCCUCCUCACCUUCGCCUCGUACAACACCUUCCAUCAGAAUAUCUACAGGGACACCUUCAUAGUGACCCUGGGUAAUGCCAUCACCAGCAUCCUGGCAGGGUUUGCCAUCUUCUCUGUUUUGGGAUACAUGUCCCAGGAGCUUGGGGUCCCUGUUAACCAGGUGGCAAAAGCAGGUCCUGGUCUGGCUUUUGUGGUGUACCCACAGGCCAUGACAAUGCUCCCCCUUUCUCCAUUCUGGUCAUUCCUGUUCUUCUUCAUGCUGUUAACCUUGGGCCUGGACAGCCAGUUUGCAUUCAUGGAGACCAUCGUUACGGCAGUGACAGAUGAAUUUCCCUACUACCUGCGGCCAAAGAAAGCCUCGUUCUCGGCUGUCAUCUGCAUUGCCCUCUUCCUGAUGGGGCUCAUCCUCACAACAGAGGGUGGGAUGUACUGGCUGGUCCUACUGGAUGAUUACAGCGCUGGCUUUGGUCUCAUGGUGGUGGUGAUCACUACCUGCCUCGUGGUGACACGUGUCUAUGGCAUAAAGAGGUUCUGCCGAGAUAUCCACAUGAUGCUGGGCUUCAAACCAGGGCCCUACUUCAGAGCCUGCUGGAUGGUCCUAUCCCCAGCAACAAUGAUGGCUCUGCUGGUGUAUAACAUUGUCAAGUACCAGCCCUCUGAGUACGGCAGCUACCGCUUCCCCACCUGGGCCGAGGUCUUGGGCAUCCUCAUGGGAGUCCUCUCCUGCCUGAUGAUUCCCUUGAGCAUGGUGGUGGCUCUGCUCCGAGAAGAAGGGACCCUAUGGGAGCGAGUCCAGCAGGCCAGUCGGCCCACCAUGGACUGGGGCCCGUCGCUGGAGGAGAACCGGACGGGCAUGUACGUGGCCAGCCUGGCGGGCAGCCAGUCCCCCAAACCGCUGAUGGUCCACAUGAGGAAAUACGGGGGCAUCACCAGCUACGAGAACACGGCCAUCGAAGUGGACCGGGAGAUGGAGGAGGAGGACGAGGAGGAGUCCAUGAUGUGA